ACCCCGUCCGCGCGUGGCCUCGCCGGGGCGGACCUCGCCGCGGGGCGCGAGCGAGCUGGGAGGCAGGGCAAGGAGGCCGGACUCCUCCUCCGGCGAAGCUGGACGUGAGCGCCAGGCACAGCGGUGGCCCGCGGGGCCUCGGGGUGCGUGAGACGCCGGCCAGGCCCGCCGCGGCACAGCCCCCCGCAAACCCAACCCAAUCGGAGCCCCCCACGGGCGCGGGUGGGACGCUGUGUGCAAGGGGUCCCCGUGGAGCUCUGCUCCCGGAACACUCCGAAAAGGGCAGAAUUCCUACACGGGAGUGUCCGUCCUGCCAGCGUUGUAACCGGGCUGUCGGGGCAGAGAGCCCCGCUCAAGGGGUGUCCGUCCGUCGGCUUCGUGUCCGUCUGCCCGUCCGCCUAUCCGACGGAGUAGAGCGGUGCUCGUCGGUCCAAGGGUCGGGCGGCGGGCAGGUGGUGGUCAGGUGCCGCCGGGAGUCCUAGUGCCGUUCUCGGCGAGAUGCAACUCUCCGCGAAAGCUGGCGGACCGCGGCGCGAAGCCGGUGCUGCUGCCAGUCGUGCUGCGGCUCCUGCUGCUGGCGCGACCGCAGUGCCGUCCUGCUCCCGGGGCUGCACCGGCGCCCUUGCGGGUCGGAGUCCCGAAGCCGCUGCGGUGCGGGUCGGGGUGCUGGUUGGGAUCCUGGUGCCGGUGCUGGUGCCCGCCCCGCCGGUCAGGUGACGGCGGCUGGAAUUUGACACCGGCAGCAGCGGGAGCGGGAUGGAGCCGCUGCUGCCCCGCACUGUGCGCCUGCCAGCCGCUGCCGGCACCGCACUCCGAGGCGCACCGGGACCGGGACCUGCACCCCGAGUCGCAGCGGGAGCAGCACCGGGAACGACACCGGGCGCGGCGGCUGGAGCUGGUGCCGGUGGGGCAGUGCCGGCCCCCGCCCGCGCCCCGCCCCGGCGCGGCGGCGCCGGGCGGCGGGGGGCGGCGGGGAGCGGAGGAGAUGCGGGGCGGCGGCGGCUCGGGGGAUGGUCCCCGCCGCGGGCACGCCAGCAUGGAGCAGCGAGCAUGGCCGUCAGAGCCGAGACCUGCAGGACACACCACAUACCUGCAACCCAAGGAAGGGACUCUGUGGGGGCUCCUCACCAUUCUCUCACUGCUGGCUGGGCUGGCUGCAGGCACCCCGCGAAUGCCACACUGCAAUGAGACUCUGGACACUGCCCCAACGUCGCAGAGCGCUGCUGUGGAGGGUGGCACAGAAGUACCGCUUGCCACUGCCUGGAGCCAGCUGUAUGGGGACAACAUGACGACAGGUGGCCAGGGCGCCGUUGAGCUGGCUGAGAACAUACUGCUACGUGCUGAGCGCUCACCACCAGGUACUGGCAAAGCCAAGAAGGGGACACGUAAACCCUCACGAGGGGCCCGCGGGCGCAACUGCCACAUCCGCAACCUGAUGGUGAAGGUGCGUGACCUGGGCCUGGGCUUCAACUCAGACGAGAUCGUGCUCUUCAAGUACUGCAGUGGAUCCUGCCACCGGACACGCAGCAACUAUGACUUGACGCUGGGCAGCCUGCUGCGGCAGCAACUCAUCACCCCAGGUCCGCAGGAGAGGGUCCUCAGCCACCCCUGCUGCCGGCCCACCCGCUAUGAGGCUGUCUCCUUCAUGGAUGUGCAGAACACGUGGCAGACAGUGGAGAAGCUUUCGGCAGCUGAGUGCAGCUGCAUUGGCUGAGGAGGCGGCUGCUGGCUCGGACCUGGCUCAAUACAUGCUGUCAGACCCCGGCUUGCCGCACACAGUGGCAGUGGUGCUUAAAGGAAGGGUCUGGCAGAAGCCAGUGCCCCUAGUUUUACAUGGCCUUGAUGGGCUGAGGUGAGAUGGAGCCACGACAGCUGGUGGGUGGCUGAACCUCCUCCCACUCAGUGCCAAGCAGCUGGUGUUGCCAGCUAUGCAGGGUCCAGCCCUGGUGCACCCCAGCUCGGUCUUGGGUGAGGAGCUAGAGGGGGUACAGAGUAUCCUU